AUGGAGUUAAAUAAAUCGGAAUUUGAAUUGGACCAGUACGAUGAUGAAAUAAUAUCUCAGGUACAGAUGGAUAGCGAGUGUAGUAAUAUAGGUAAAAGUAAAAGAAACAGGGAUGUGUGGAUGUUGGUAAAGAAAAAAGAAAAGAUUGUUAAAGUUGGGCAAAAUAAAAUUGAAGUGUAUAUUUCAAGUAAUGAGAAGUUACCUAAGCAAUUUGGCUUAGCUAGGGUGUUGAAGGAGCAACAAAUUUUAGACAUAUCUAGAGUUAAAUAUUUAAACCCGUACAAAGUGCGUUUAGAUAUUACUAAUGAGAAGAGUGUAACCAAGUUGAAAACAUAUAAAGCGUUGAUUGAAAGAGGUUGGAAAGUUCAAAAAGCUAUGGAAAAAAGCGUUUCAUAUGGGGUUAUUAGGGAUGUUGAUAUGGAACUAGGUGAUAAGGAAAUACUUAAGAACAUUUCAUGUCCCAACAAUGCAGAACUUCUUUCCAUCAAGCGACUGCAAAGACGAAGUGUAACAGGAAGUGGUUGGGUUCCUAGUGAAUCAAUACAACUUUGUUUCAAGGGAUCGUUUCUACCAGCAUACGUACACGUUGAGGGUUUGUGGAUUAAAGUGGAUCCAUAUGUGUUGCCGGUGUCACAGUUUUUGCGCUGUUAG